AUAUGGACAUCUCUUCCUGUUUUCGCGGGAAACGGUACAAAAUAAAUGCGGGAAAGUGUUCUCUUCACUGUACUCUUUUAUUGUCAGAUGUGUGUUGUACAUGCGUGUGAGUGUAUAAUAUAGUAAAAAAAAAAAAAGAAAUGAAUACACGUGUGUGGUGAACCUGCGCAUUGUCGCGCAGUGAAGAACGUGCCGCGGAUGCAGCUGGAAGCUAUUGGCAUUCAAAUAGAACUUCCACUGAUUUUUCAAAUAAAUAUAUAAAUACAUAACAGUGGAUUAUUAAAAAAAUUGAACCAAAAAAAAAAAAUCAGGGCAAAAUAAAAAUAAAAAAAUGGAAAGCAAAAAAUAAUAAAAAAAAGUGGUGAAAUAUAUUUAAAAAAAAAGAAGAAAAUAAUGCAAAGGAACACUAAAGAAAUUAUUAUCAUUUCAAUGAGAAGGAAGUUGAACGAUGUUGUUAAUUUUUGUGUAGAAAAAGUGAAGUAAAAAAUUAUUAAAAAUCGAUCAACUUUGAAAGAAAUGCGGCUUCCGUGCUUAACAAUUCUUCCUUGUGGAUUUUAAUUUCUAACAAGAUGAGAAGUGAGGUAGGAGAAUGGUUGCCCACGUGCGUCGGUUCGCCAAUUUGCAUCCUACUUCUCUCUUGGUCACUACUCAUAUACCAGAACCAACCAUCAUCUGCAAAAAGAAGAAUAGACAUUCUGACAGUGGCAAUUCUUUCAGAAAGUCUCGUUCAUCAACUCGGAUUAUUACUGUACGCAAUUCUCACACUAAUUCGACCAGCAAAUCAUUUCGGAGAAUUAUGUUCGACCUUGGUGUGGAUGCUGAACUCGUCGAGCAUCCUUCAGGAGUUGACUUUGACGUCAAUCGCAAUUUUUGCAGCGAUUAGCAAACAGGAAAACUUGAACCUAACGAAAAAUCAUCUCAAGUAUCAUGUGGUUUGUCUUAGUGUUGUCAGUGCGUGCAUUGGCAUUACAGGGAUUCUCAACUUUGAACCGCAAAUAUGUGUUUUUCUACCUCAUGAAAUAUCAUUGAAAUAUGGAAUAUUUUUUAAUUCAUUGAGAAUUUCAUUGGUGAUGACAUCGUUGUUGAGUUUGUUUAUAAAUAUUAUGAAAAAUUCAUGUCAUCCGGUGAAAAGUGAAUUGUUGAAAUCGGUUUCCGAUUUGUCGGAAGCAAGCUCGAAAAAUUCUUCCGGCGCUUAUGAGUGCCAUCAACAACAUUGGGAGCCGUCAAGUGGUUCCUGCACUAGUGGCUCCACAAAUAGCAGGACCUGUUUGAAAAAAAAGAAGAUUCAAGUUGAUGAGGCCAGUGGAAGAUCCACUGUGUUCAGCAUUCUUUUUGUCUGCUACAUUUUCGACAGUCUUCCAACAUUGAUAAUCUCCAUUUGGCCAGAUUUAUUCAAAGACUUCUGCACACCACAGAACUUGGCCACAUGGCUGCCACUAUUGAAAGACACACUUCUCCCCGUAUUUCUUGCAAUGUUCGAUAAAAUGUUCUGUCGCUAUGUGGCUAAAGUCUACACAAAACAGGACCAUUCAAUGAAAAUAUCACACGGUAGUAUAGAUGGAAAAUUUCGUCACUUUGAGCAUGAUGCUGAAUACAAGUUGCAGCUGAAUCUGAAUCAUGGUUUAAAAUUCCCUCUCACAAACGGAAGUCUCUAUGGACGAUUACACAAUCAAAACAGAGCGAGAACUGGAACUAUUACGAUGGGGAUUCAACAUUAUCCAAGGUCGCAAUCAACGCAGGAGGAUAAUGCUUACGGUUCUCUUUCGCCGGAAGUCGCGUCCUUUACAAGUUCAACCUUCGAGCCACGAAUUGAUAGCGCCGUUAAAACAUCAUUUGAGCAACGAAAUAAUAAUAGGGAUUAUGAAAAUUUUGAAUAUGGAAAGAGGAGAAAAGUUGGUAGUACCGAUGUAUUUGGACAGAAUUUAGAGAAUCUUGUGCAACUCGAUAAUUCGUCGAAACGUAAAUUUACAAAGAGUUUGGACGAAAUACGUGAGGAGGUGCCGAGGAAAAUUGACCGAAGUGUUCCUGGCUUGGAGAAUUUUGUUGCUGGACUGGAGAAAAAUCGUUCUGAAGAGGUGCAAUUUCAGAGGAAUGCUGUUAGGCGGAAUCAAAGUUUCGAUCAGGCCAGUUCAGUGCAAUUUGAAAAUUUCAAAGCAAAAUACUUCAACCUUGGUAGAUUUCCACGACAGGGAAUGGACUCGAGGACAUAUGAUAUUAAGAAGGAUGCGAUUAGACGUGAUCAGUUGCAAGCUCUUCAUUCAAAGCAAAAUGCAGAGGAUAAUGAUGCCGAUUAUGAAUCUUCGGAUGACGAAAGUUGUGACCUUGAAAGCGGUGAUUUUGAUACAAUGAGCUCGUGUAGAAGCAGAGCGAGAAGUUGCUGUUCAGUUACAACCGUUGCUAAUGAUGACUUUGAAUUUUUCCAAAGAAAAGGAACAAAGGUGGAGUUAUUGCCUCUCAAAAAAGGUAAUGGAAGUAAAGUAAAUAUGCGUACAUUCACGCCGAAAAUUAUUGAAAAUGAAGCAACGCCCGGAUUAUUGGAUAGUGUUAAAGAAAAAAUUGACACAAAACCAGUAAUUCAGUCAUAUCAUUUAAAAAAGAAAAUCACUGCCGGUUAUUCAAUGAACGACAUCGAUAAAAUCGAUGGUAAUACAAUAAUGCCAAAUCUUUCGAUGGAAAGUCUUCGUAGUAUUCUUAAAAAUACUGACGUCAGUUACCUCGACAGUGGGGAAAUAUGUAGGCACGAUAUCGGUGGAUCUGUUCCUGAUUUUAAAAAAGUAUUUCUCUCCGAAUUCAUUUAAAAUCAUUAUUUCAAAAAUCGAACUAUAGUCAAUGUGAAAUCAAAAGAACAUUUGAAAUUGUUUAACAGUUUUUUUAACAUUUAAAAAAUAAUAUUUCUCUGUACAUAAAUAAUUAUACCAUACAACUCUACUAAUUUAUGACUCGUCAAUUUUAAAAUUGAACAAAAUAUUAAUUUCUUAAAAAAAUAACUUAAUUCCUAAAAAAUAAGAAAAAUUAGUUUCUAAAUAAAAUUGUAGAAAAAAAUAGUAAGAAUCAAUAUUACAGAUUUUAUUGAUUUUUACAGGAAUAAAAAUACUUAUUAUUGUGAAAAAUCAUUGAACGUAAUCAGAGCGCGCGAUGCGUUUUAAUAAUGUGUAUAUAUUUUGUACAUCUAUAUCGCACUACUUAAUAUUCAGAAAAUGUAUUAACGUUAUAAUUAUCAAAUGAAAUAUGCUAAAAUGAACCGGACACGUUAAUUAGAAAUAUAAAACGUCAGAAAGAAUAAUUAUUCGAUUCGAAUAAUCAUCCGUUAUUUUGGGAUGAAAUAUUUUUUACGAAAUAUUUAAAUCAAAUAAUUAUAAAAUAAUUAUCAAAUAAUUAUCAAAAAGACAUGACAAUUAAAAGUUCAUUUCGAAUCGAAAUGGUCAACGACAUUUUAAAUUUUAUACCCUCUUUUUAAAAAGUAAAGUU